GAGCCCGGACGUUGCGGAGCGGGGUCGCGUUGGCGCGUCGCCCGCUGACAGGCGCGAUGCUGCGGCCUCAGAGGAGCCGCCGCUCCGACAACUUUGUCCGGUUCGGCUCCGCUGAUGAAGUGGAAGCUGUCAGAACAUAAACCCAGUCUGUAGUCGGUCCGGAGGGUUUGACCCAUCACAGGACGGGAUAGUAAACCGCUCAACAGGCCAUCUGUGUUGGCGGUUCAACCUUCAUUAAAUCAUUAAAAUCCGGAUUGUUGACACUUUGGUGCGUCAGCGUUCAGGUUGUUUACUUUGUGGGUGUGUUUACAUCCAGGAUUUGUCUGUUUACCCACAAUAAUGUCCAAGUUGUUGAUGUUUUAGUCAGUUUAUAUCCAAAUAUUUGAAGCUUUGGUGCGUUUUUAUGCAGGUUUAGGAUGUUUGCGGGUGUUCAUAUCAAAGUUUUUGACAUUUCGGUGCAGGAAUAUCCAGGUAUUUGAAGCUAUGUUGCAUCAGCAUCAAGGACUGUAAUGAUUUGGUGAAUUAAUUUAGUGGCUUCUGACAUUUUGUUGCGUUAAUAUUGUGUUGUGUUUAAUAAUAACCAGAUUUUGGAUGUCUUAGUGUGUUAAUAUCCAGUUUGUUGACGUUUUGGUUUGUUAUAUUGAGUUUGCAGAUGUUUUAAGGUGUUAAAAUCCAGACUUGUUGACAUUUUGAUGUGUUAAUAUUCAGGUAUUUGACUCUCUGGUGCGUUAUUAUUCUGGUUUUUGACACUCUUGUAAAUGAAUAUCCAGUUGUAUUUGAUAUGUAGACGUGUCAAUACUAAACAUCCUGCAGUUACUGUGCUCCUGUAAUGGGCUUUCCUUCAACUCCUGUCUCUUUUAAAUGUGCUAUAUCAGCAAAAGUGACUGGACUUCUAGUAAAAUGUGACACUUGUCCCAUGUAGAUGCGGAGUUGUUCCCAUUGUCUACGUGUUCACUAGAAGCCCGUCUGCUGGUGUGUAGCCACUGAGUCAGGGCUUUUUCUCUGUAAAUGAAAGUGAAACUUAAGGACGUGUGAAUCCUCACUGAGGCUCCAGUGUAGGCGGACAUGGAGAAAGUUUCAAGGCUGAAGCUGAGGAAUGCGACGGCUGCAGGGCUGCCAUUCACGUCUCUUUUCUCUGCCCAGCAAAAGGUGGUGAACAUGUUUGACGGACGUCCUCACAUGCAAAGGAUCAUAACAUGUGGCCUGUUUGGUAUGGAAUACAGUGAGGAGCUGGACGAUACAGGUGAGGACGAUUUCGACCAUUGGGCACAUGGCAGUUUCCAUGGAUACGGGAGGCUGCCCGGGAGGAGUAACGAUAGAGGAUUAAAUAGAAACCCGAUGUCCAGCUCCGUUUAUCCCCCUCCGCUGCAUUACUACGCUUCAGCUCAUGAGGCUUCCCAGCCCGCCGUAAAAGUUAACUCCAGAGACAACGAUACUGAAAGAAAAACCAGAUUAUUACAAGAAUCUAAAAAAGGCAAAAACAAGGCUGAGAAGAAGCGGCUCAAGAAACAGAAACAGAAGGAAAGAAAACAGCGCGAGAAGCUGGAGAAGGACAAAAAGCAGAACCCCGCCAGAGACGAAGAGGAUAAAGACGACGCUCAGCAGCCCGAAGCGGAGGACGGCGGAGCGGCCGCAGAUAAAUACGAAGACGAUACCGGUUCAGGUGUUAAACUGUCGGCUUCGGCCAAAGAUACAGACACGAGCGACAGCAGCGAAAACGAAUCCAGUGAUGAAGACGCCAAGAACGACUCGAACGACUCAGAGGAACUGGACAUGACGAGUACUUUUGUGAGCAAAGCUGCUCUUAUAGCGAAGCGUAAACUGGAGCAGAAGCCCAGAGCCGAGAAGAAGGAGAAGAAGAAGACCCCGGGAAAAGAAGAACGUAAAGCCGUCGCCGACAAACCGACUCAAGACGAGGAGGUUGACAAGAAGGAUUCUGCUGCUCUGAGCAGCUCCGCCUUUGAAGAAAAUGUUAAAAUAAGCACCAAUCUUGCAAAUAUUGGAAAUAAAUAUGCAAGUUCUGGAGACUUUAAUAUGGCCGUGAAGUAUUUUACUGAUGCUAUUAAGUACAAUCCCACAGAGUUUAAGCUGUUUGGGAAUCGUUCCUUCUGUUUUGAAAAGUUGCGCGAAUACGACAAAGCGCUGACGGACGCAGAGCUGUCUCUGGGCAUCUGUCCAGGUUGGGUUAAAGGCCUGUUUAGGAAGGGACGAGCUCUGGCCGGUCUGAAGAGAUAUGAAGAGGCAGCGCAGGCCUUCAGGACGGUCCUCAAAAUGGACAGUUCGUGUGCAGAAGCUGCCCAGGAGCUGAUGCGAGUGCAGAUAACACAACUAAUGGGGUUUGGUUUUACGCGGGAGCAGAGCUCAAACGCUUUAAUUAUUCACGGGACGGUAGAAAAGUCGUUAGAGGUUCUGUCCACGUUAAACGGUCGACCAGGUGUUACUCAAAAUGGCGCCGUCCCACCAGCUCAGGUCGUCAACGUCUCCGGAGUCUCUCCGGUUCUUUCAGCCAACACGAGUCCUGCUGCUGCUGCUGCUCGGUACCAGGAGGCCCCAAAACAAAAGCUUAUUAACAAACCUUUAGCCCCAGUCCAGAAUAUGUCCAACGUCCCGAAUCAGCCAAAGCCCGUUUAUACUCCGUCAAUGAAGGCCAGCGAUGACGACGGUCGACCGCCGCCAGAGCUGUUUCCAGUUUGGAUCGGAAACUUGAAUUAUCCAGUACCCGAGUCCACGAUUGUCAACCUGUUUAGCAAGGUCGGAGUUGUUUAUAGCGCGAAGGUUCUGGUUACCAAACGAUGUGCCUUCGUGAACUUUACAAAACAAGAGGAUUGCGACGAAGCAAUCCAUCGAUUUCAUGGCUAUGAGCUGAACGGCAUGAAGAUCGCCGUGAGAUACCCGGACAGGAUUCCUCCGGGGAUGGGCAUCUCCAGGUCCGCCCUCAGAGCUGAAAACCCGCAGGACGAGAACGUCGGAAACAGAGAGUUGGAUGACGGGAGGAACGCAGUUGGAAAUCGGAGGUUUGUUCGCCCUUACAAACCUGUCCAGAACCACAGAGGCAACUACUGAAACCACCCCGACGCCUCGGUCUGAAUGAAGGCAGGACGUCUUCGUGUUCAGUGCUGACUCAUCAACGGUGUCUUCACAGCAUGUGGACUUCUGUCGGGCCACAGACACUCAUUGGCUAAACUGUUUUUAAGGAUUGUUUUUAAGAAAUAUAUCAUUAGACAACCAAAAUUAUCUGGUUCAUGUAAACUCGUGAUUCCAUGACACUGACAGUGUUACAGGUCCAUAUUUUAAAUAUCAGUAUCCAGAAUAAUGGUCGUUUAGAACUUACGUAUUAUCCAAAACGGAGAACUUGGUUUGUCCAAAACAGACUGGUGAGAAAGUCUGACUCAUGUGGAAUCAUUACUCUAUGUUCAGCUGGUGAUUACUCCAUAAUUAUGCUAUUAGCAUUGGUCACCAGACUUCAGUAUUCCAUCACAGUGGAGGUACAUUUUUUUACAUUUACAAACAGAGAACCAGGAGUCACGACUGUUUUAAUUUACAUUUAUAGAACAUACGGUCUGUCAGGAGCCUCACGUGUACGACCUGUUUCUAAAUUCUCCGUAUUCAGUAUGUUAAUUCACAAGUCUUCACUGCCGAUUAUACAUUUAAUCUUAAGUUGCACUUGUAUCCUGCCGCGCUGCAGACAGUUGUAACCGUCUAUAACACAGCGCGAGGCAGCGUUUCGUCCUAUAACUGGUUCACAGGAUGACUUUUAAAUGACGUGUUUGGGUGGAACAUCUGAGUCUUUGUUCAGGUGCCCCUCCUUUACCGACGAGGUUUGUGUUCUUAAAACAACAAUUAAAGAUUCUUUCAUACUCUGAA